CCAAUCAGCGGUUUAGUGCUGCCUGCCGGUGCCGGGGACUGGUGGUGAGGAGCCGCUGCAGCGCUGUCAGGACCGGACCGUGAACCCGGAGACGGUACACACUGAGGCCGUAAGGAGAACACAGGAUGGAGCGGAUGUCUGAGGAGGCGCUGAGGCUCAACCUGCUGAAGCGGGGCCUGGAGUCCCCCAGCGAGCGAGAGGAGGCGCUGGCCAAGCGCCUCAAGAUGGAAGGUCACGAGGCCAUGGAGCGCCUCAAGAUGCUGGCGCUGCUCAAACGCAAGGACCUAGCCGACCUAGCGGCGCUGGAUGUGGCGGGGCCCCUGGGAGACGGGAAGGGCCCCGGGGCCAGCUCCCUCCACCACCAGAGCCUCAUGGGCGCCGCGUACGAGGAGAAGCUAAACGGGAGUCUGAGGCUCGGUGGCCACAGCGGCCAUGUCGGACCCAGUAAGAACGGGAAGGAGAACAUGCUGGAUGAGCCGGUGGAUAUGAGCGCUGGAAGAAGAUGCGAGGCGGAUCGUGACAGAAGAACUCCAUCUCCUGACGUAAUCAUCCUGUCAGACAACGAGGCAUCCAGUCCCAGGACAACACCUCGCCCUGAGGAACGCCUGCACCAGGCCAACCUGGACAUGUUCAAGGGGAAGAGCGGCGAGGAGAGGCAGCAGAUGAUCAAAGCUCUGAGAGAGGAGCUGCGUCUGGAGGAAGCUCGUCUGGUGCUGCUCAAGAAGCUCCGGCAGAGUCAGAUGCAGAAGGAGAAUGUGGUGCAGAAGGUCGCAGUGGUCCAGAACGCCUCGUCCUCGGUGCAGCCUCCCUCCAUCCACAGCUCUGCUGGCCUGGGGAAGCUGCCUGUGAGGCCGGGCCUGCACAACCCGGAGCCCCAGAACCUCCGCACUGCACAGGGUCACACGGUCAUCAGGUCAGCGGCCAAUGCCAACCUGCCACCAAUGUUAAUGUCCCAGCGAGUGAUCGCCCCAAACCCCUCCCAGCUGCAGGGUCAGAGGGUCUCCUCCAAGCCUGUCAUGUCUCGCUCCGGCUCCGGCAGCUUGGCCAAUGCCGUCAGCUACCAGCAGGCCAGCCAGCAAGUGGCAGCUUCCCAGCGCUCAGGCUCCAGUGCCAUGUACAUGAACCUGGCCCACAUGCAAGCGGCGGCAGCAGCGGGGGCCGGCGGGGUGGCAGGCGGCCUGGGCGGAGCCUCCGCCGUCAGCCCGUCCACCCUGUCCGGGUCGGCCAGCGGCGGCGUGAGCUCCAUGGCCGACCAGGCCAGCAGCCAGGCAGCGGCCAAGCUGGCCCUCAGGAAGCAACUGGAGAAAACCCUGUUGGAGAUCCCUCCGCCCAAACCCCCCGCCCCACUCCUCCACUUCCUGCCCUCUGCCGCCAACAGCGAGUUCAUCUACAUGGUGGGGCUGGAGGAGGUGGUUCAGAGUGUGCUCGACAGUCAGGGUAAACUCAGAGGCUCGCUGCCCCGCAUGGAGCCGUUCUUCUGCGCCCAGUGCAGAACCGACUUCACUCCUCACUGGAAGCAGGAGAAGAGCGGGCGCAUCCUCUGCGAGCAGUGCAUGACGUCCAAUCAGAAGAAGGCACUGAAGGCAGAGCACACCAACAGGCUGAAGAACGCCUUUGUGAAGGCUUUGCAGCAGGAACAGGAGAUUGAACAGAGGCUGCAGCAGCAGGCGGCGCUCUCUACCAGCUCAGUCCCCACCGGACCCAACGCCUCCAAGACUGACACCAUGAUCCGACAUCAUGCUCUCCGCCAGUUCAGGGCAUCUCUGUCCUUCCACCAGGCUCCUCAGCCCCAGGCUUCCCUCCAGCGGGGCCUGUCCAACUCGGCGCGGGGCGUCCUGUCAAACUUCUCUCAGGCCUCGCAGCUGUCGGUGGCCAGCAGCCUCAUGGGAAUGACUAAUGCCAAGUACUGUGGCAGCGGCGGAGGCGGCAGCAGCAGCAGUAGCAGCAACAGACUGCAGCAUGAUAGCCGUCGCCAGAUCUACAACAUCCCAGGGUUAAAUAUUGCUUAUCUGAACCCAGCGGCAGUUGGAGCCCACAAGAGCAGCAGCUUAGCAGACCGACAGAGAGAGUACCUGUUGGACAUGAUCCCACCUCGAUCCAUAUCGCAGUCCAUCACUGGACAGAAAUGAGCCCCAACCAGUCCCCGCCCUCCCCCGUUUACUGUCCCUCUGAUGUCACGCCCAUCCCGCCCCACUUCCGACCCCCUCCCAUACUGAAGCACUCCCCAAUCAACCAACCACCUCCCCCCUCCUUCCACCGCAUGCAGUGCCUGUCCGUGUGCCUACCUUAAACCAACCCAUGAAAACCCAACCAGUCGGACAAAGACACUAAAACUGUCAGUGCAUCUCAAAUGUUCUUACGACAGUAAAACUCUUCUUCGUCAACGUUGUUUAACAAUUAUAAUUCCCAUUAUUAUCGCUGUUGGUAGCACUAUUAUUGUUAUUGUUAUUAUUAUUAUUAUUAUUAUUAUUAUACCUGCUUCAGUUACUAUUACUCAUUAUGCUUUUUUUUUAAAUUUCGUAUUUGGUCCAUUUAUGUUUCUCUGCCGUCGCUCCUUUACUUUCAGGAGCGACGGCCAAUCAUCGUUUUACCCCCCGCCCCCCCUCCUCCUCUCAAUUAUUAAGCUUAGAUGUGACAAUUUGCUAGUAACAGAAGAUCAACAGACUGCAUUCUGGUUGCUAUGCAACGUUAAGUUUCGACAACUUUAGCUCGCUAACUUGAAGUUUAAAAAAAAAAGAAGUGGAUUUAAUGUCAUACAGAUAAGAACAAACCCAGAAAAAAUAAAAGUUAGAAAGUGUUCUGCAUGCUCUUGAAAAGAGCUUCCUUUAGAAGUGAAGAAUGUGAGAGCAGAGCGCCCCCUACUGUACACUCACUGUUUUUUUUUUGUUUUUUUGUUUUUUUUUUAACACUGACAUGCAGCUAAUGUCCCACCUGGAGUUUCAGGGCAGCGUCACGACUAAUGAACUGGAAGACGAGUGACAGAAGGUGCACACGUGUACAAACGAGAAUCCUACGUGAUCCGCGUUUUUCUUUCCUUUGCUCCCACCAUUCCUCCUCCUCCUCAUCGCCGUCCGUUUGUCUGCUUGAGACGUCCUCGCCUCUCUCUGUUAAACGGUCGGCAGGUGGAUGAACCACGCGGGACUUUACUGCAACUGUGUUAACCCCGGAAGCGUCAGCCAUCAGUGGACACUCAGGUCCACACAGACUCCAGUGAGGAGGGAGCUGACGGGCGCCAAGGAGGACGUCGUUGACACCCACGCGAGGGCGCCAUGUCUAAAGCAAUUCAAUUUGCCCCCACCCAACCACCCACCCCAAAUCCAUCCUGCCUCACUACCUGCCUCUAACCCCCACCCCCUUCCAUGCCCUGCCCCUCCCCACUACCUUCGAGAAAUCAAAACAAACUCUAAUCUGAAGGUGGAAGCACACACAUACACUGUGUCUCCAAGCCACAGAUUUUGUACGUAGAAACCUGCAAAUCUGGAUUUCUUUGCUUCUCCUAUUUGGGUUUUUUAGAUUUCCCCUGACCCCUGACCCCCCCUCCCUCUUCCCAUUCUUUAUUUUUUAGUUUGUGUCCUUCUUUUCUUCCUUUCUUCCUUUCUUUCUUUUUUUGCGGCGUCUCCUAAUAAAUUGGCGGCGUACCUGAGAGGUGUUAGCCCCCUGGAGACGAUAAUAAUCAACAUAGCUAAAAA